CCCCCAAAAAGGUUAUAUUCCCCUUCCAAAACACAUACACACACACUGAGAUCAACAGACAGACAGACACAGAGUAUGGACUAUGAAGAUGAUGAUCAUAUCCCGACAGAUCUAAUCACCAAAUCCCAGAUCGGAUUUCGACAACUCGCCGGUUUAUCAUCCUUCAAUCCAACCUUAGACCCACUCCCAACCACCACCUCCAUUGAGUCACUAAUACCCACCUUGGAAAAUUACAACAGCAACUCUUCAUCUAAUAAUUCUUUACAAUGUAAAUAUUGCCAUGCCAAACUGUUGAGAGACUCGCUCUCACUUAUUUGUAUUUACUGCGGUAAUUCCCAAAUACAACAUGAUGGUGUUCAUCCUGCCCCUCUUAAUUUUAACUCUACUGUUGCCUAUACUUGGUUACUUCAAUCCUUGUACUUCAAUGGAUCGGAAAGAGUCGGGUCUCUGGCAGAAGUAAGUGAAAUAAAUGGAACACAAAGUCCCGCAGAAGAUGAAUUAACUUUGUCCGAGCUUCUAGAUCUGCAGAUCUUAUGGCGGGAUGAGCCUAAGAAGCCUAAUAGUAAUCUUACAAUCAUAAACUCUGAGAGUUCUACAAAUCUUGGUUCUGCCGAUCUGGACUUCUUUAUAGCGUCCAAGAGAGAUGUCGUGUCUAAUGUGUCCGAAGAACAACCGGUUGCCAGCACAAAUGAUCAAACUACGGCCUUUGAAGGUCAAGCAAAUCGUACAUCUGUUACUUCCACCAUUGAUCCAACUGAUGAUGCUUCAGCUGAUUGGAAUGCAGAAUUUCAAUCUGCAGUUACGAAAAUGGUGAAUGAGAACCCCAAUUCAGUUGACCUUUUUGUAGGUGCUGAACCUGAUCUUUCAUCGCGCAUAGAUGCGGGUUCUGGAGAGAUGAAAGUGUUUAAUAACAAAGCACCAAAUGACGAAUCAGACCCAUUUCCUUCUAUGGGUAAAGAUACUACUCAAGAUGAUCUUUUUGCCAACAUGAGCUCUGCAACUUUUCAGCAGACUGAGCGAUUAGAUUCAGUUCAAACCAAUGAUGGGACAUCGGAUCAUCUAAGUGAUGAUAAUUCAAAAGGUGCAGAUGGAGACUGGUUUAGUGAUGAUCAUUGGCAGAAAAGUGGUAUCAACAGCACUGCUGUCUCUAAUCAGGCUGAUCAGUUAGACUUAUUUGGCCAACCAAAUGAUACAUCUUCACAGGAUAAUCCAAAUGUUUCAUCAGCAAAUUGGUUUGAAAACACUAACUGGCAGAACAGCAGUGCCAACACCGCUUCUCAGCAGGCCGAUCAAUUAGACUUGUUUGACAAACUCAAUGAUGAAUCUUUACAUAAUAAUGAUCCAUCGAUAGAUGGGUUUGAAAAUAUCGACUGGCAAAAAACUACUGUCACUGCUGUCUCUCUGCAAGUUGAUCAGUUAGAGUUGGCUGGCAAAGAUAAUGAUGGAUAUUCACAAGAUAAUUCUAAUGAGUUAUCUGCAGAUUGGUUUGAAAAUACUGACUGGCAGAAAAAUACCCCUAACAGUACUGCUGCUUCUCAGCAGGCUGGUCAGUUAGAUUUUGUUGGCAAACUAAAUGAUGGAUCUUCACGAGAUAUUCCAAAUGAUUCAUCGCUAGAUUGGUUUGAAAAUACUAGCUGGCAGAAAAGUACUUCCAAGAACACAGCUCCCAUUAUAGGUGAAAAUUUAUUUGAUAAUAAACAACAGAAUGAUCAAGUCUCAUCCCCAUCAUUGGUUAAUGACUUGAUUCACUCUGAAAAUUCGGAUCUUGAUAAUUUAAACGUACACCGUUCUGACGCUACUACUGAUUGGUUCCAAGAUAGUCACUGGCCUACGGGUGCUUCACAUGCUACUUCGAAUAUGGUCGGCAACGAAGAUGACGAUGAUGGAUUUGAUGAAUGGAAUGAUUUCACAAGCUCAACUGGUAACCUAGAUUCGAAACAAAGUGAGAAAGUUGGUGCUGCCGACAAUAUGCCUGCAUUAAAUUUGUUUCCUUCAUCCACAGCUGAUCCACAAGUGAAUAUUGAUGAUUUGGUGGCCAACAAAACUGGUGAUGAUGGGUUUGAUGAAUGGAAUUUCACAAGCUCUAAUCAAGAUCCCUUCCCUGAUUCUCAAAAACAUAUUGGUAAUGAGAAAGUUGGCUCUACAGCUGAUCCAAAAGAGGAUUUUGGCGACUUCUUCCAGUCGGAUCUUUUCUCUGGCUCAUCUAGUAACAAAAAUCAAAAUGAUACUCAAGCAGUGUAUGAUAUCUUUUCAGGAGUAUCUAUGACAAGCCGGACUGCUAACGCUGAAGCUGGAAAUAGUGUUGAGGGAUCAAAGAAUGAUGAAAUUACAUCUAGUGCAACUAUUAUUCCAAAGGCUGACGUACAAAUACUGUUGUCACAGAUGCAUGACCUGUCAUUUAUGCUUAAGAGUGAGCUUUCAAUCCCUUCUAAGCCAGAUGAUCUGGAUAUCUCUCACAGUAAAUGAUGAAGGUGAGACGCAUGUAUGCAUUUGAAUCCUCUUUUAUGUGAUUCAGUGGCAUUACUAAUCAUCUUGUUGUACUACCCGUAUACCUUGGAGCUGGAUUAUAGGAGAGACUAGUGUAUAUAUAUAGCUAAGAUGAUCGUUGAGAUCCGGUGUUUAUCUUGCUUUAUUGGUGAGUCGCAGUUUUAUUAAAAAUUCUGUUGUUUCUAUAGGGCUAAUUUGGUUUGUAUCAAUUUAAAACUAGAAAGAAAACUCCGAGUUUUACCCUUUUCGAAGUGCUCUAUGAAAUAUACUCACAAGUUUCUCCA